AUGACCGCCCCCGUGGCUCCCGUUGUCCCACACCAGCCAAAAGCCUUCCACGCAAACCCCAAGCCUCUCGCACCUCACAUGACAACGCCGGCCCUCCCCCGUGGUCUCCCAGAGUUCAGCCUUCAGGGCAAGGUCAUCGUCGUUUCCGGCGGUGCGCGAGGGCUCGGUCUCACACAAGCCGAAGCUCUCUUGGAAGCCGGCGCCAUAGUUCAUGCCAUCGACCGUCUCCCUCACCCUGACCCGGACUUUGAGAAGAUUGCCCUCCGCGCCAGCGCCGAGCUCGCGACUUCGUUGACAUACCACCAAGUCGACGUACGUGACGUUCCGGCCCUCAACGAGAUCGUCGAGGGAAUCGCCAACAAGCAUGGCCGUCUGGACGGCCUCAUCGCCGCCGCCGGCAUUCAGCAAGAGACGCCCGCACUCGAGUACAAGGCCGAGGAUGUCGACAAGAUGAUGGGCGUCAAUGUCACCGGCGCCUUCAUGACGGCGCAGGCCGUCGCGCGGCAGAUGGUGAGGCUCAACACCACCGGCAGCAUCGUCUUGAUUGCCAGCAUGAGUGGCACGGUUGCCAAUAGGGGACUGAUUUGCCCCGCAUACAACGCUUCCAAGGCGGCAGUCCUGCAACUCGCCCGCAACCUGGCGGCCGAAUGGGGCGCCCAUGGCAUCCGCGUCAACACCAUCUCGCCCGGCUACAUCGUCACUGCCAUGGUCGAGGCGCUCUUCGAGACGUACCCGGAGCGCAAGGUCGAGUGGCCUAAGCACAACAUGCUCGGAAGGCUCAGUCUGCCCGAAGAGUACCGCGGCGCCGCCGUGUUCCUGCUGAGCGAUGCCAGCAGCUUCAUGACGGGUAGCGACUUGCGCAUCGACGGCGGGCACUGCGCGUGGUGA